AAUGGUUAAUUGCCAAGUUUGCGGAGUAGGUUUCUUUUGUACAGGUAAAGGUAAUCCAAGUGAAAUUGUAGAGGAUGUGCAGCGUGAUCCACAUUCACCUAUAUCCAAACAUAUGGGAUUAUACCAGCAUAAUGGUUUGACACGUUAUGUCAAAUUACCAACUCAUACAGAUAUGCAAGUUCAAGAUCAAUUAUAUGUAUAUCAACAGAUAUAUAGGACUAUGGGAGUAGAAUGGGAUAAAAU